AUGGCAAAAGAAUCCUGGACCAUUGAAUCGCGUUUGACACUUUCUGAUCAUCAUACCAUUCCACGAUUAGGUAGGAUUAGGAUUUUAGAUAAAUCGGUAUCGAAUUCAUGUUCGUUUACUGAAGGUCUUGGUACGUGGAGAAGCGAACCGGGUAAAGUUCAAAAUAUAGUCAAGGAAGCGAUCUUAGACCACGGUUAUCGACAUAUCGACGGUGCAUGGUUGUAUAAGAAUGAAACGGAAGUCGGAAAUGGUAUCCAUGAAGCUAUUGAACAAAGUCAAGGUAAAAUUAAACGCGAAGAUUUAUUUAUAACAACAAAAUUAUGGAAUCAACAUCAUGUACCGGAAGAUGUUGAAUGGGCGAUACAUGAUAGUUUACAAAAACUUCGCCUGGACUAUGUCGAUCUUUAUCUUAUUCAUUGGCCUAUUGCGUUCAAACGAAUGGAAGAAAACGUAUGGUCGCAAAAUGAAGAUAAAACUGUUCGUUACUAUGCAGAAGGCGUCACUCUUGCUGAUACAUGGAGAGCUAUGGAGAAAUUAGUUGAUGCGAAAUUGGUUCGUUCGAUUGGUUUGUCAAAUUUUAAACCAUCAGAAAUCGACGAAAUUCUUCAAAUUGCCCGUAUUAAGCCUGUUGUUAAUCAAAUUGAACUGCAUCCAUAUUUGAAUCAGCAAGUCUUGCGUGAUUAUUGCGCUAAACAGAACAUCAUUGUUACAAGUUACAGUCCGUUAGCAAAUCUCAAACGACCCAAUGAACCCGACGAAGAAGUUUCUCCGUUGUACAAUCCGAUCAUCCAAAAAAUUGCUAAGACGAAAGAAAAAACAGCAGCACAGAUCAUUCUCCGGUGGCACCUUCAACACGGUUUGACCGUUAUACCGAAAACUGUCACAUCGGAACGUCUGCAUGAGAACAGUCAAGUUUUUGAUUUUGAAUUAACAAAUGAAGAAAUGAAUCAAAUCGAUCAGUUAGAGAAAACAAAUUAUCGACGAUUUUUCAAUCCAGCCGUUUUACCACCGGCAGAUCGACAUGUUUUCGAACGAUAA